ACGACACUCCUGCCUCCUUGAGAGAGAAGCAACCUGGUAGGAGGGAAGGAGACGUUGCUCUUGUGGACAGGGAAAGCCGUGCUUGAGGUAGCAAAAAAAAAAAAAAAAAAAAAGGCUGAACCACCUGCCGCCCCUGUUAAAAAGUCUGCUUCUGGAGCAGAGAAGUGUCUUCAUGGCCGUUCGUAGAGGACACAUUCAGUACUUGGAUCAGGAGGCAUAUGACAUGUCCAACGGUUACGACAUGCCAGGCGAGGAUGCCAAGGACGCCAAGACCAACCUGAUCGUCAACUACCUGCCGCAGGGUAUGUCGCAAGAUGACCUGCGCAACCUCUUCAGCAGCGUCGGCGAGGUGGAGUCGGCCAAGCUGAUUCGAGAUAAAGUUGGAGGCCACAGUUUAGGGUAUGGAUUUGUUAACUAUGUUAACCCUAGUGAUGCAGAAAGAGCUAUCGAAUCACUGAACGGACUAAGGCUACAUUCCAAAACUAUCAAGGUGUCAUACGCACGGCCCAGCUCUGAUACCAUCAAGGAUGCCAACCUGUACAUCAGCAGCCUGCCCAGGUCCAUGUUGCAGAAGGACGUGGAGGAAAUGUUCUCGCACUACGGCCGCAUUAUAAACUCCCGUGUGCUCGUCGACCAGUCCACAGGUAUGUCACGCGGCAAGGCGUUCAUCCGCUUUGACAAGCGUUCAGAGGCCGAGGAGGCUGUGAAAAACCUCAACGGCCAAAAGCCACCCGGGGCCUCCGAGCCCAUUUCAGUGCGCUUCGCUGCCGACCCCAAUCAGGUGAAGAACACGCAGAUCAUCUCCCAGCUCUACCACAACCAGUCGAGACGCUUCGCCGGGCCAAUGCACCACCAGGCGCAGCGAUUCAGAUUCUCCCCUAUGGGCGUGGACCACAUGGGCAGCGUGGGCGUCCCGGGCAACUCUGCCUCGGGCUGGUGCAUCUUCAUCUACAACCUCGGCCAGGACGCCGACGAGAGCGUCCUCUGGCAGAUGUUCGGCCCCUUUGGCGCCGUCACUAACGUCAAGGUCAUCCGCGACUUCAACACCAACAAGUGCAAGGGCUUCGGCUUCGUCACCAUGACCAACUACGAGGAGGCGGCCAUGGCCAUCGCCAGCCUGAACGGUUACCGCCUGGGCGACAAGACCCUGCAGGUGUCCUUCAAGACAAGCAAGGGCCACAAGUAGAGGCAGGGGGAGGGGACAAUGGAGCAUAGAGAAGUGCGAUCCGCUCGGUUUAACGCGUUCACUCAACACCGCACCUUUGGUCUAAAAAGUGUCCUGGAACUUAUCCAUGUCGCUCGUUGUUGUUUUCCACAUUUUCUGGAGCGUGGGACUUAAGAAUCAAGGUUACAGUCAUUCAAAACCUUCAAACACCUGCUACUUUAAUACACACGGAGCAGCAAUACAUACAACAAUACUCGUAGGCAUAUAUUCUUUCUGUUUUGUGGAAAACUGACGCUUUUGGUGUAGAAUCCCAACAUGCGAAGUAAUUUUGCAUUCAUUCACAUUUGGAGCCAUGAUUUGCUCUGCAAUUUGUUUCCUUGUGGAGAAGUAGCCCACGGUCCUGGAUUAUUGUCACAUGUAGACAUAGAGGCCUUAAAUUAUAAUAAUCCAGUGGAUGUAAAUGUGAGAGCAAAGCACUUUUCCCUCUCCCCCUCUCAGUUGCUCUAAAUAUCCAAUUUGAUGUGAAUCAACAAGUUUGCUCGGCCGCCCUGCAGAUUGAAAUCUGAGUCUUUUUAUUAUUGUUGUUGUUUGUAUGGAAAAAGUCGAGGUUGAGGAGGGGACUGUGGUGGACCAAAUGCAGGAAAGGAAGGAUUCAAUUGUUCACUCUUGCUUUCUAUUUAGCCUUUUUUUUUUCUCCUCUCCCACUUUGGAAAGAGGUACUCAAAGAGUUUUAUCUGACUGGCUGAAUGCAGCAUCGCUUUUUUCCCCCAUUCAUUUGUGUUGUUUAAUCUUAACUAAAGCAAGCAUUUUUGUUGUUUUUGUGAGUUUCCUUUUAGCAGGGGCAGGUUUGUUUGGUUGGUUGUCAUUGUUUUAACAAGUUUUAACAAGUGCUCAUCUCAAGUUUGGAGUGAAACAAAUGGCCUUUGUUGAUGAUUACACUUUUUGUUUCAGUUGUUUCCCUUUCCAACUCAAACCAUUAAAUUUAAAUUUGUUUUGCGAAACCUUUGCUUUGUUUGGUUUUUUUUUCUAUUUUCUUUAACCGUAUUUUCUUUUUUCUUCAAUUUGGCCCCACUAAAAUUAUUUAAAACAUCACAGUUGCAAAUAUUUGAAAACAAUGAACAGUUUUUAACCUUUUUUUAAAAGCUGAAUUGAUCGUUAAAAAUCGUGAAAUGAAGCAGUGUUGUGCACUUACUGCAUGUUAUGAGCUGGAUUCAAACGAUUUGUUUUAAUUUAAAUUGCUUUUAAUUGCCCAUCCUAUUAUAGCUGCCAGUACUCAUUUGGUCCAAUUUUCUCUCUGAAGGGGCCAUUUUAAACCCAAGUUGUUUAAGGUUCCUAUUGAAUUUAUCAAGUUGACACGACUCAAGCAAAUGUUUUUGUUUGCUUUUUUUGUAACCGUUCAUCUGAGGUUUUACAAUUUAUUUUUUGCUUCUUUUAACAGUUCGUCUGAGGUUUUGAGGUUUUUCUCCAUUGCAUGGGAAGUCAGAUCAAAUGGGCUGUAGGUCCCCCUCCACCUCGACAUCGUCUCCCCACAAUUCCAGCAUUCUCACCGUUACCAAGCUUUAAAAACGUGAUUUUUGUUGGGCAGUUGUUGUCUUUGAAAUGUGUGCAAUAUGUGGUGACUUGCUCAAAGCAGGUAAGGCCCAUCUCUUUUUUUAAAAGUCUUUAUUUAUUUUCUACUGCCAUUGGCACUUUGUACUUUGGUUCCUCAAACAGGUGAGUGAGUGAGUGAGUGAGUGAGUGGGCUGGGGAGGCGCUGUUUUCGGCCUUAAUUUAUGAGAGCAGGGGGGCAUUUUGUUUAUCGGCACACUGUAUUUAUUCAUGUAUGCAGUGUUUUUUAAUGGAGGACUUGUGCAGAGCUAAACUGGCGUCCGUUAAAUGUCUUAACGUUUGAUCAUGUCAAUAAAAACAAUGGAGUCUUUUAA